UACUCCGUUCUCCUCCCUUCUUCCCCUCUCAUCCCUCGCCUUCUCGUACAAGCCUCCGCCGGCUAGGGUUACGGCCCACCGUCCCGCGCUUCCUCCCCCUUUAUAGAGGCGGCGGAGCGCAUGGCCGGCCGAGACGCAUCUACGGUGGCGGGGGCGGCAGCGGAGGCGGAGAUGGAUCCGGACUUCUCAUCCGGCGAAGGGGGGCCCAGUUUCGAAUUCGCGUUCAAUUCGGUGAACUUCUCCGACAGGGUGCUCCGGAUAGAGGUCGUCGGCACCGACGAUGCGCCGGGGUCCCGAGGCGACGUCGCCGGAGGAUCCCUCUCCGAUUGGGCGCGCCACCGCAAGCGCCGCCGCGAGGAGCUCCGGAAGGAGAAAGAGUGUGCAACACACAUGUCAGACCAGACAAAUUGCAAUGACGUUGAAGCAGAAGAAUGUGAUGCAUAUGAAGAAAACCAAGAAGAACCUGUAGCAAUGAUAGAAGAAUCUCCACCUAGCAUUGGUCUAGAUGGUGAUGAUGGACGAAGUAUUGACUCUUGGACUGUGGUGAGCACACCAAUUUUACGAGUAAAUACUAUUUAUAUCAGUUCGGCGAUUCUGGCUGCAAAAAGUCAGUUCUUCUUCAAGCUUUUCUCAAAUGGCAUGAAAGAAUCAGAUCAGAGGCAUGCAACACUUAGAAUUACUGAUUCAGAGGAAAAUGCCCUUAUGGAGCUUCUAAGCUUUAUGUAUAGUGGGAAGUUGACAACAACCGAGCCCACUCUUCUGCUCGAUAUCUUGAUGGCAGCUGACAAAUUUGAGGUUGUUUCUUGCAUGAGGCAUUGCAGCCAGCUUCUCACAAGUUUGCCCAUGACCCCGGAAUCUGCACUACUCUACCUAGAUCUCCCAUGCUCCAUUUCAAUGGCAACUGCAGUUCAGCCUCUGACAGAUGCAGCUAAGGAAUUCCUUGCCAACAGAUACAAAGAUUUGACUAAGUUCCAAGAUGAAGUGAUGAGCAUCCCUCUUGCUGGGAUUGAAGCCAUCUUGUCAAGUAAUGACCUACAGGUGGCAUCUGAAGAUGCCAUCUAUGACUUCCUGCUCAGGUGGGCCCGUGGACAGUACCCAAAAUCAGAGGAAAGACGUGAGAUCUUGAGUUCUCGUUUACUACCGCUAGUGCGCUUCAGUCAUAUGACCUGUAGGAAAUUGCGGAAGGUCCUAACAUGCACUGAUAUAGACCAUGAGCAAGCAACUAAGUGUGUCACAGAGGCACUUCUAUACAAAGCUGAUGCGCCUCACCGGCAACGAGCCCUUGCAGCUGACACAAUGACCUGUCGGAAAUUUGCAGAGCGAGCUUACAAGUACAGACCUCUGAAAGUGGUCGAGUUUGAUCGACCGUACCCACAGUGUAUAGCAUACUUGGAUCUGAAGCGUGAUGAGUGCUCCCGACUAUUCCCGUCAGGACGGAUAUACUCGCAAGCAUUCCAUCUUGCAGGGCAGGGUUUCUUCCUCUCAGCACACUGUAACAUGGAGCAGCAGAGUACGUUCUACUGCUUUGGGCUCUUCUUGGGGAUGCAAGAGAAGGGCUCAAUGAGUGUGACAGUAGAUUAUGAGUUUGCUGCGAGGACAAGACCGUCAGGGGAGUUUGUGAGCAAGUACAAGGGGAAUUACACCUUCACCGGUGGUAAGGCAGUUGGGUACAGGAAUCUCUUUGCGAUUCCAUGGUCAACGUUCAUGGCUGAUGACAGCCUCUUCUUCAUCGACGGCAUGCUGCAUCUGAGAGCUGAGUUGACAAUAAAGCAGCCCUAGUGAUGCAUUAGCCGUCUGAACUGCAUCGCUCUGAGUCCAGUUUUUUCAUGAUGGGUACUAAUGCAUAAAUACUAUGUGCUGCAGAUAUCUUCUUGUCUCCUCAAUGCGCUUAUUUCUUUUGUUGAUAGACAGUUUGGAAAUGACAAGUAAAAGCCUCUUUUCAUUCACUUGGAAGGUUAUAUGCCCCUUUUUGAGUCCAGAUUGUGAAGAGCUACUGUUGGUCUGUUGCACAUACCAGCUGGAGACCUAAAUUACAAACCUGAUCGGUGACUCCAGAUAGUUGCUUUCUAACUGACAGUGUACGUGUUGUUUCA